GGUUUCCGUGGAACCGUGACCGGAGUUCCUUGGCUUCCGUUGUCAGGUGUGCUCCCGGGCUCCCCGCUCGGGGAAGGGGUGGUGGUACGGUCCACUUGCAGUUCGGAGUUGUUGCUGAGGAGGUUCCACUGUUCGGCGGCACUGUUCAGAGGCGCGUGCGGUUGGGAGAGCAUGAAACUGUACCAAUUUUGAAAAAUGGUACCGACUUCACUUCAGAGUUACCCUGGGCAGCGCUGGAGGGUUGCCAUUUACCUCGUUUUCUGCGUUACUUCAGGUGCUUGGUGCAGUCAGGUGGUGGUGCCUCCACGGGUGAGCGCUGUUCUGGGAAAGAAUGUCACGUUAGAGUGCCGGGUGGAGGUUGGCAAAAACCUCACUCUUACUCAGAGUUCCUGGGAGCGCCGUCUGCCUUCGGGCUCUGCUACAGUGGCUGUGUACAACCCAGAGUUUGGCACCUCCAUCCCCCCAGAAUAUAUUAACCGCCUAUACUUUCGCUCACCUACCUCUCACGAUGCCACCAUUGUCCUGGAAAACGUAGGCUUUUCCGAUGUCGGGAUCUAUACCUGUAAGGUUGCCACAUUUCCUCUGGGGAACACUCAAGCUUCUACUACGGUCAAUGUACUUGUGGAGCCAAAGGUCUAUGUGUCUGCUGGCUCAGCCGCCCUGAUCGAUGGCGGCAAUGAGACUGUGGUGGCCACCUGUAUCGCAGAGCGAGCUCGGCCCCCCGCCGAGGUGUCUUGGGAGUCCAACCUGUUUGGCCAAUCAGAAGUACAGUUGUUUGACGACGUGAACGGCACAACCAGCACGCAAGUACGCUACAUCUGGCAGCCCACACGCCAUGUCCGGGGUAACACGCUCACUUGUGUGGUCCGUCACCCAGCCUUGCAGAGUGACUUCAGGAUACCCUACCAGCUCAAUGUUCAGUUUGCUCCUGAUAUAUCAGUUGUGGGGUACGAUGGAGACUGGUACGUGGGCCGUGAAAAGGUACAGAUGGCAUGUAAAGCCAACGCAAACCCGCCAGUGCACCACUUUAAAUGGAUCAGACUGGACGGUGAAAUGCCAGAGGGUGUGGAAAUAAUGAACAGCACUCUGCUCUUUCUGCGACCCCUCCAGCGAAAUGACUCCGGAGUUUACAGAUGUGAGGUUGCCAAUGACAUCAGCCUCCGCAGUCGAGAUGUUCGCAUUCUCAUUCAAGAUCCUCCCACCAUGCCUUCCACCAUUACCGCUCCUGUCCUCACUGGCUAUUCCUCCUCCACCUUUGUGGUUGAUAAAGGCCAUGUUCUGCAGAGCUCCCCCACUCUUGAAGCCCUGCCUGAAAGUAACCUCGGUUCCAUAGUGGGCGGGGCCGUGGGAGGGGCCUUGUUCCUGCUACUGCUGUUGUGUCUGGUUGGCGUUUGUUACCUGCGGAAGCACCAGAGUUUUCACGGAAACUACUACACCAAGCAGCACGCGGGCAACGGCGAUCUGCAGAAGGCUCCGGCGCAGCACGAACUCCGCCCCACUAAGGCCGGCAGCAGCUCCUGCAAACAGGACCAAGACCGCGAGGAGUGGGGGGACCGCGAGCUCAAACAAGACCGGGAACGCCGUCUCCACACAAGCUACAACGGAGAGGAGUACCCCGUCAACGGGUACACCAGGGCUAUGAGGGAGAGCAGUCGCCAGAGCCCGCAGCAGAAUUACCACCACGAACACGCCCAGUAUCCGAGUCCACAGCACCCCAGGGGUGCCAGAUACCCCCAGUCACCGAAACCACUAGGAAACGGCUCCGCCUACCUGUCAGACCACUGCCGGGACAGAGUCGCUGAGGGUGAUUAUGUGUCGCACACGGACGGCUCGGUCAUCUCUCGUAGGGAGUGGUACGUUUGACAGUCCAGCUGGUUCUGCAGGAGCAGAGAGUAAAAUUUAAAAAAUUAGUAGAAUACGCCCUAACGGUCAUCUGUAUGCACACAGAUCUACGUGACUAUUCUGUAGUUGGCUUGUUUUGUUCAAGCGUUCAGAUUUACACUUAAGACAAGAUGUUUGUGUUUCUGAGGGCCGCUCAAAGCACUUUGACGGUCUGCAUCAUCGAGCUCGAUAGUUCUUUGUGUUUUGAAAAAGUGUUGAAUAGUCAGUGCUGUAGCUGCCUUACUAUGUGGACUGCCAUUUCUAAUGGGUUUUCUGUUAGUUUCUAUGAAAUCCACCAUCAUUUUACUUUUAUUUGACUCCAUUCAAGCUCACAAACAAACCUCACUUAAAUUUAUAAAUAUACUUAAACUACAACUGGUUUAAGUGUAUUUUGUAAUUUCCAAUUAAAACAAAUAUUACUUUAAAAAUUAGCUUUUUUUGUACUUUGCUGUUAGAAUUUGGUCAUUCAGAGUAUUUUAGAACUAAACAGUUGCUAAUUGUGCAACUUUAAUUUUCCAUCCCUUUUAAAUUACUUAUUUUAUACAAUUAUUACUUUGUCUUUACUUAUGAGGUACUAAAAUAUUAAUUUUGAAUACACAUAAAUAGAUCAACUUCUAUCAUAAGAAGUAAAUAUCUAACAGGUUUUAAAGUUAGUUUUGGUGGAAUGUUUUUGAGUUGUUUUAUUUUUCUUUAGCAAAUUCUCAAACCCUUUGAUAUGAUCAGGAAUAACAUCUGAAAGAUUGAUGUCCUCAGCUCAUAAAAUGCAUUGCACUGCCUCCUGCAGAACUUUAUCACAUAAGCAGUCCUCUUCAUUCCUGUCUGCUACAGUCGCUGCUUCUUUAUAAAACACCACAUUAGAAAUUUCUACUAAAAUCUACUCAGAUGCUUGUGAAAUCGAAGAUCGAGCCUUAAUAUGCACACAGAUUGGUCCCAGUUAGCCUGUUUUACUAUCAACUUUGCACAUAUUAUUGUUUUCUGGGACGAGCUUCAGGGUUUGGUUAUUGAGAUACACACUCAUCAUCUGAUGGUAGAUUAACCAAACGUUCCCCUGUUUAGGAAUUUUAACACAUUACUAGUGUACAAUCAACAGGGCAUGGUUUGAAAAAAGGCUCCUGUACGGCAGGUGAUAAAGUCAGAAAAAAAAGUGCCAUCACUUUACUCUGGUGUCCUCCUUCCACACUUGAACCUUUAAACUUCUACAGCCUGACAAAUCUGCAGAAAAUAAACCUGAUACUUUAAGGUUUUUUUUUUUUUUUUAUUGUGUUGCAUGCUGACAUUCUUUAGUUUAAUCUUUCAAUUAUUGUUAUAUGUAUAUUUAAGUCAUGUUUUCAUAAUUAUCUGCACUUUUGAGUCAACAACAGCACAGGAACUGUGAACAUUUUUGGUUAACUUCAUAAUUAGUUAUGGAUUUAUUUGCAAUCAGACUGUCAAACAUUGUAGCAUGUUUAAAAAGAAAAACUUUACUUUAUUGUUGUCUUUUUGGGCCUUUUGCCCUGGUAGAUCAGGUGUUUAACAUUAACAAAGCUAAUAUCCAUGUAAAUACUAAUUUCAGUGUUUGUAUACAGAUCAAAUCUAUAGUAUUUUGGCACUCGUUCCUGCCUACCAGACUGUAGGGAGAACACAUGUUUUCUUUAAUGUACACUUUGUGAAAAUAGAAUGUCACUUAGGAAAUAUUUUCUUCCAGUUGCUGAAUAUUUGAGUUGUAUUUAGAAAUAGGAUGACAGUGUUUAACUUAAAUAUUACUAACUGAAUAAAAACUGAUCAUUAGGCUAUUUAAAUGACUAAUGUGUCAAUGAUUUGUACAGGGUAGCUCAAAAUAGAGAAAUAAUGCUUGAAUAUUACAGCAUAAAACAAAUUGUAUUGUAGCUUUUUGUCUGAUUGUGAGUUUUUUGUGUGCGGUGAACAUAGGCUGCAGUUCAAAUCAUGGGGUUUGAGCUUUAUUGCAACCUGUAGCGGAGAAUCGGACCCCUUUGUUCAAAAUGCUGUGCAGAACGCUGGAGGAAAUUCAGCUUAAUGGCAUCAGAAGGUUUUUGAUGGAUGACAAACUCCUGUUCAUCCCCUUUACUUUGUAGAGCUAAGUAUUGAGCAUCAGUUUGAUGCUGCCAUCUGUACCUCAGAGGUGUUGUGGUGCUGAAAUCAUCAAAAAAAGAACAUCUUUCUGCUUUAAUAAAUUGUAGCCGACAUAAAAAACAAAAACCGCUUUAUUGGUAUUAUGAAGAUUAUUGGUUUGUGAGCUCCACAAAGGAUAUCACAUCCACCUCUGCUUAAGUGGGAGGAAACAGUGAAGGCAAACCUGAUAUCUUUUCUUUUUGCACUUUCCAGGGAAGUGAAAUGCACAGCCUUACAACCUAAUUUAGGCCGUUUAAUGAAAACGAUCAUUUCUUUUUUUUUUUUUUAAGGGGGGGGUUUAGCCUGUUGCUCAUUAUUGCACAAAACAGGAAGCACGGCAGCCCGAACCUUUGUUUUGCUUUUAUGCACUGUGACAGAAAAUUCCUCUAAUCGAUAUGCUAUAUUUAUGUGGCUCGUCACUCUUGAGCCUUGCACUUAGAAGUUAUUUUGUAUGAAUAUUUUGUAUAGAAAGCAGUCAUAUCCUUGAGAAAAUGCACCUAGUGCCUUAGAUGCUUAGAUUUUUCUUUUUGUGAUGACAUUUUGUUGCUCUGAGAUUUAUCCGUGGCGUAAAGAAGAAUACUUGGUGCCAUAUUGACUUUUUUUUGGACAGUUAACAUCUCAGUAUAUUUGCAGACCUAAAGGCAUUACACAAAGGUGAAGCUUGAAUGAGUUUGGAUGUAAAAAUGAGUAACAAAUAUAUCUGUCAGGGGUUUUUUCUGUCUUUUUGUUUCACGUUGUCGAUGAAAAGCACCUUUGGAUCUUAUUAGGGUUUGGGUUUUUUUUGUAUAUAAACAUAUGUAUAUAUUGAAUAAAAUGUAAAUUUGUAGUUGAAAACAAAUGUGAGUCACAACAGUGGAGCAUUAUUUUGUCAAUCCCUUUGAGAUACUUUUGUUCAAUAAAGCACCUUAGCACCUGUGA